AUGAAUCCACAUGUGAUCAUGCUUGCAAUUGUCAGUCAUGUUAUCGAAUGGUUCCGUUUACUGCAGUGCCGAAGAGCAUACUGUUUGCUGUCGGUUGUGAACUAUACAAAUGGACUUAUCAUCGCGUCAUGGUUAUUUGGUGCUCAUGGUGAUGUGCUUGAUCUUUUAUACUGUAUCGCAUCGUGUCUGUUCGGAAUCGCAGUCACCGCUCUAUACUUGAAUACACCAUUGCUCAUGAUUCCAGAUGUGAUUUAUAAGAUGACUAUUUCUUUUUGUGCACUGUUCUACGCCAUACAAGAAUUGGAUACUGGAGCAGAUGGAGCUCCAUGUCAUCUACUUCUAGUUGUAGCUGCGGUUGUGCUGCAAUUCACUGAGAACUACGUUCUAUUCUUAUCCUUAUCGGCGAAACAACUUGAAAUGCAACAAUUAGUACAGCGCCGACCACCGCCCAACUACGAUCAGUUGUCCGUUUUGGAGCGGUGCCAACAAUCCGGACUACGCGUUACGGCUAAAUUAACUCAGCUACAACAAACAAAUGAGAUAACUCGUCCAGAAACACCGCCACCCUGCUAUGAGCUUGCCGUAGAAGCGCUUAAAGCAUCAUCACAGCAAUGCUCAUGA